UUUUGGUUACACUCAUUUAGUUGGAAGAAAUUAAAGCUCGACAAAAACUCGGGUACAAAAUUACAAAAAUGAAAACAUUUAUACUGAUUCUUCUUCUGGCAAUCGCCAGUAUAUGUCGAGCUGCUCCAUUUAUAAAUCCGUAUUUUCCUGAUCCUUACGGUAGAUACGGUUGGUACGGCGGCUAUGAGUAUGGUGGACCAUAUGGUUCUCCAUAUUACCCUUAUUAUGGUGGUUGGCCUUACUCUCCACUCAUUGGGGCCAGAAUAGGAGGAGGUGUUGGUGGUGGAGUAGGUGGCGGAGUUCAAGGUGGCGUAGGAGGUAGUAUUGGCGGUGGUAUUGGCGGCGGUAUUGGCGGUGGUAUUGGCGGUGGUAUUGGCGGCGGUGUUGCCGGUGGUAUUGGCGGUGGAGCCGGUGGUAGUAUUGGUGGUGGUGCUGGCGGUUACCUUGGUGGAGGAGUACAGGGUGGAGCUAGUGGAUACCUUGGCGGUGGAGUACAGGGUGGCACCGGUGGAUACCUUGGCGGUGGAGUGCAAGGUGGGGCCGGUGGAUACCUUGGCGGUGGAGUACAGGGUGGCGCUAGUGGAUACCUUGGUGGUGGAGCUCAGGGUGGGGCUGGUGGAUACGUAGGUGGUGGAGCACAAGGUGGGGCUGGUGGAUACCUUGGCGGUGGAGUACAGGGUGGGGCUGGUGGAUAUCUUGGCGGUGGUGUACAGGGUGGGGCUGGUGGAUACCUUGGCGGUGGUGUGAGUGGAGGUGCUGGUGGAGGAAUUGGUGGAGGUAUUGGGGGAGGAAUAGGCGGAGGAAUUGGUGGAGGAAUUGGUGGAGGAAUUGGUGGAGGAAUUGGUGGAGGAAUCGGUGGAGGAAUCGGUGGAGGAAUCGGUGGAGGAAUUGGUGGAGGAAUUGGUGGAGGUGGUGUUCUCUACCGUAGAACUGAUACCGACCAUGUCAGUCAUUCUUAUCCCUACAAAAAUAAUCACUCAAGACAUGGAUGA